GAGGGCGUGCUUUGAGAUGAGUCUGGUUGUCAUCUUUUCAAGUUACAAGAUACAAGUCUCAUCGUCGUCGAGCAAAUGGUGGCUCAGACGCGUGCAGGGAACUCUGCACCAAAGCGACUUGCUUUCAACGAAAAAAUUGUGGGAAAAGGCUUGGCAACAGACGCGCUCCUCAAGAAACUCAAAGCUCUCCACACCGAGCUUGCCGAACUCGACCAGGAGCUCGUUGACGUGAAUUCACUAUCCACCGUCCGCACACAGCUCGUAAAUACCUCCAUUUUACUACACAAAGACAGAGGCGUCAAGGCCUACGCAGCUUGCUGUCUCGCCGACAUACUCAGGCUAUACGCGCCCGACGCCCCUUAUACUCAUACCGAGCUCAGGGACAUCUUCCAAUUCUUCUUCAGACAACUAGCAACCGGCUUGAGGGGCGCAGAGGCAUCAUACUACAAUGAAUACUUCCACCUCCUUGAGUCCCUAUCGACGGUGAAGAGCGUUGUCCUCGUCUGCGAUCUACCACAUGCCGAGGAGCUUAUGGUCGACAUAUUUCGCGACUUUUUCGGUCUGGUACGACGAGACCUUGCAAAGAAGAUCGAAAUUUUUAUUGCCGAUAUCCUCGUCGCGCUCAUAGACGAGUGUCAAGCACUUCCGUCCGAGGUAUUGGAGACUAUUAUGGCGCAGUUCAUGGCCAACGACACGCAACCUGCAUAUCGCCUUGCCGUUCAAGUUUGUAAUGCCACCGCGGACAAGCUCCAGCGGCACGUCUGUCAAUAUUUCACGGACAUCAUCGUCGCGCACUCCCAUGAAUCAGAUUCUGAGUCCAACUUCGAGGAGAUACGGAAGGCCCACGAACUAGUGAAGCAGCUGAGCAGGUCCUGUCCAUCUUUGUUGCACAGCGUUAUCCCGCAACUCGAAGAGGAGCUUCGUGUGGAGGAGGUGCAAGUGCGUCUGAUUGCCACCCAGGCACUCGGUGAGAUGUUUUCGGAGAAGGGUGGGGCAGAGCUUGUUAAGAAAUACCCCACAACGUGGAAUGUAUGGUUGAUGCGGAAGAACGACAAGACUGCAGCAGUGCGAUUGAAGCUUGUAGAGAGCGCUAAAGGUCUUUUGGUGAAUUUGCAUGAUCACCGGGAAGCUGUAGAUGAGCUAAUGAGGCUCAAGUUGCUCGAUCCUGACGAAAAAGUGCGUGCGGCGGUUUGCAAAGUGUAUUCGCAGUUAGACUAUGAAACUGUAUUGCACUAUGUUUCCGAGGAUCAGCUACGUUCUAUCGCUGGUCGUGGCAUGGACAAAAAGAAUUCAGUACGAGUGGAGGCACUUAACAGCCUCGGCAAACUCUAUAGCACUGCAUAUCCUGAAAUCGAGAACAACGAUCCAGCAGCGAUCAGACACUUCUCCUGGAUUCCAAACGAGGUUCUUCACAUCUCCAACUCCACACAAGAGGCAAGGCUUGCAGCAGAGCAGGUUAUUGCAGACUUCGUAUUUCCGCUCCCUUCUGGUUCUUCAGCGUCAACAUCAAAGAACGUUGAUGUAAAUGAGGUCGCAUGGACCGAUCGACUGCUGAACACAAUGGGCUACCUCGACGAUCGGGCGGUUAAUGCCGUGCUGCUCCUAAGUGGCAUCAAGGGUAGCAGACCCUCGCCAUACGAGUUAUAUCUGCAAAGUUGUGUACAACACAAUGGCGGUGUCAUCGACGAGGAUGAGGACGUUGUCAAACAGCGACUCAACAACGUCAUCCGCCACAUUUCCCGACAAUUUGGGGAUCCUCAGAAAGCAGCAGAGGACCUGCAUGCAUUUGCAAGGACAAACGAGAACAGGUCUUACAAGUUACUUAAGACAUGCUUGGAUACCCAGACAGAUCUCAAAGGACUCGUGAAAGCGUCAAAUGAGUUCCUUCGUCGGAUUGAGUCAAGUUCGGAAUCGAUUCUAGGCACCAUGACCGUAUUCCUUCGACGGGCAACGCUUCGCAUAGUUAACCAGUCAUCUAUUCCAACCUUGAUUAAGCGUCCCCAUACUAGCGAACUGACAAAGGCGAUCGCGGACGAAAAGAACGAACGGCUCGUAGAAGUAGGUAUGCAGGCACUCGCAGCGGUUUCACAGAGCGAUGAAGCGUUAGCAGUUAACGAUAAACGGACGCUGGAGCGUGUAAUGCGCUAUGUUUUAGGUUCAAAUGCUCGCGUGGCGAAGUUUGCUGCCCGAAUAUUGGUAGCCUCUAAGGAACACGAUGAUUUGUGCGCCGAAGCUGUGGAGUCAAUAGCGAGGAAGUUGUCAACAGCAGAACCCGAUCUACUUGUUGCACAUACCGCCGUUCUUGCCCAAUUUGCUCGAUUGGCGCCCGAUGCAUUUGAGCGCAAGAGCGACGUCUUGAUGGCCUUUCUCGUCAAGAAGUUGCUCAUGGUACCCAGUCCAGCGGAUCCCUAUGCCGAUUGGGUGGAGGACGAUGACGUACAACCUAGGCUCCGCGCUCGAAUAUUGGCUCUCAAAGUGUGCCGCAAUCGAUGUCUUGCGCAUGCAUCUACAGACACAGCUCUUGAAGUUGCCACUCCUGUCUUGAAGAUGCUGUCAACUCUGCUUGAUCAUGCUGGCUCGUAUUCAGCUGACGCAACGGACGAUCCGAAGGUCAAGUCUCGCAUGCGGUUACAGGCUGCGAUAUCUCUUCUGCAUUUGUCUGUAGUAGACAAGUUCGCGACUGCCAUCAACACGAAUUUCAUCUCGCUAGCCAUUACCGUGCAGGAUCCAUGCUAUAAUGUUCGCAUGGAAUUUCUCAUGAAGCUUUUCCCCCUCCUUACUGCACGCAAACUUCCCCCGCGAUACAAUCUUAUACCCUUUUUGACCGUGCAUGAUCCUGAGGCGGACGUAAAGAGCCGGGCCAUCUCCUAUGUUACACACGCAUCACGAAACAUAUCCGCAACUGCCAAAGUCGACCUGUUCGAAAUCAUAUUCAUCCGCUUGCUGCAUCUUCUCGCACAUCACCCUGAUUUUUCAAAUGCACAUGAAAAUUUGCAAGAAAUGGCCAAAUACAUCGACUUUUAUCUGGAUUUAAUAGCAUCUGCCGAUAAUGUGUCCCUGCUUUACCACCUUGCCAUGAAGGCGAAGACUGUUCGUGAUGGACAGUCGCAUACACAUAGCGAGAAUCUUUACGCUAUGAGCGAGCUCACGCAAGAGCUUAUCAAGGCCCGCGCACAAGCACGUUCCUGGAGUUUGCAGAGCUACCCGGGAAAAGUGAAACUACCUUCGGAUAUUCUCCGUGCACUACCAAAUCCGGAGGCGGCCACGAAGAUCUUGAAGACCGUUUAUCUCCCUGAGGAAACAUCAGCUUGGCUUUUAGAAUCGUCCAAAACACAGAAGCCUGCGGGCACUUCCAAAGAAAAACGACGUGAAUCCCGGGAACCCAAAGAUUCCAAAUCCCCUCCAAAAAGGAAGGCGUCACGGCACAGGACCAAUGGGACCACCAAACGUGCAAAAACAGCUCGAUGGAACAGUGAUCAGUCUGAAUCCGAGGAAGAGCCGUCCUCGGAUGAUUCAGAGCAAGAUGAUAGGGAGGACACGCCCACCAAGCCGAGCUCGGAACGUGAGGACGGGUCUAGUGGACAAGAGAGUGACAAGGAAACGAACGAGAAAAAAGGGGAGCAAAAUCGUAAGCCAAGUCGCAAGGCGGGGACGCGUGCAAAGAGGAAAAUCAGUAAGCAGGUGAAGAAGAAGGGUAAUCACGCGAGGAAGUCAUGAUUUUUUUUAUUUUUACUUUGCUUACUUACGCCCAUCAGUUUUGUGCUGUAGUUUUUGUCUAUCUUGCUUACUCGUUUGUACUGCUUUGUAUCCCCACACCGUAAUCUGUGCUACACAUGAGUAAUCUACCCCCAGAG